AAGAUUGUCGCUCCAAUGGCGUAAAAGACAACAUCACCCCUCCGUUUGCCUUCUCUCUCUCUCUCUCUUCUAUCUUUGAUGCCAUUCCAUUUUCAACCAAAAGUGAAGUUACCGAUGAAGAAAAAAUACAUCUAAAAAUGUGGCCACGACCUGACCCACCCCCCUCUCUUCCUUCCCCUUCGGAGUAGCGAGCACGAAACCCUCUCUCCCUCUCCCAAUUCAGUUCCCUUCAGGAGUUGGACCCUCUUUUGAGAUCUACUGUUGUGUCGUCCUCUUCUGUGCUUGAAAGGUGAAGGGUGUCUCUAUUCAGUUUUCUCUACAAAAUGGAAAGAACUGUCAGGAGUCGCCGCAGCAGAUCUCUAUCUCGUUGCAUCAGGUCAACUCCAUAUCCCCUUCGUCCACACCGCUGGGAAAUCACAAAUGAAGCCAGUCCGAAGAGGAUAUCAUCAUCCUUGGCAUUAGAGAGGAGGGAUUGGGAGGAUGCCACGUGCUCCGUGUGCAUGGAAUUCCCACACAACGCUGUGCUUCUUCUCUGCUCCUCUCACGACAAGGGUUGCCGGCCUUACAUGUGUGGGACCAGCUACCGCUACUCUAACUGCCUUGACCAAUUCAAGAAGGCCUACACCAAAAUCCACAAGGGAGUUCCCGAGACGCCAGAACACCCUAACCUUAACCCUAGCACUGAAAAGUCCGAGGUGAUUGAGCUCGCUUCAUGCCCUCUAUGCCGUGGUCAGGUCAAAGGAUGGACUGUGGUUGAACCUGCGAGAGAGUAUCUCAAUGCCAAGAAGCGGAGUUGCAUGCAGGACAAUUGCUCCUUCACGGGCACUUAUAAAGAGCUCCAGAAACAUGUCAGGUCCGUGCACCCUUGUGCAAAGCCCUGGGAGGUGGACCCCACAAUGGAGCAGAAAUGGAGGCGGCUCGAGCAUGAGAGGGAGCGGGAGGAUGUUAUAAGCACGAUUAGGUCAUCAAUGCCACGAUCAGUAGUCUUUGGUGAUUACGUGAUAGAAAUGGCGAAUAGCGAUCUAGAGGACUCAGAUGAGGACGGUGAGAUUAUGGGUGGCAAUGUUGGUCGUGGUAUAAGUAGGAGCAUCCUUUAUUUCUUUCUACGGGAGGGUGCUCGACUGAUGAGGCUUCAACAGGAUCCUCAUGGGGAUGGCAUUAUUGCUGAGAGAGUUACUGAGGAUGUUGAUCCUUCUAUUUCUAUUGCGUAUACCUCUGGUGGAGACGAUGAGUAUAGAUCGGUUGGCGAAGGCAGAGGUUUAAGAACGGAACAGAGGAGGAGAAGGCGUCGGAGAAACAGAGGAAGAUUGGUAGUCGAUACGAGCUAACUUGAUUGGAGCUAACAAGGGGGGAAACACGGAUGGCUUCGAGUUUCUGAGUUUUGAUGUUACUUGAUUGCCUGAUGGAUGUUUGUUAAAUUUGUGAAUUUGUGAAGCCAUGUGAUUUAUGAUAAACCAACGAUGAUGGAUUGGAGAAAAGAGAAUGUGUCUAUUCUCUUGCUGUUGUACCUUCAACUAUAUGUUUCAUGUCAAUUUGUUCAUCAUGUUACUUGGUCUCAAUUGGAAUGUGAGGAAAGGGGUUUGCAUA